CAGUUUAAAAGCCUUUAUCGAAGUACAGAUGAUCAUAUUACUUAUGUUAUCUGUAUGAGCCUGGCAGCUCAGCAGUGAGCCAGGUCGCAACAUUGCGUAUAGAAACCUCGUCCACGAAAACACGUCUCAGCUGUCUCCUUACAAGCAUUAAUUCAAACUUUAGAAAAUUGUUCGUUAUCCUAUCCCACACGGUGGUUCGACACCGCUGGACGUUUGUUUUUCCUAUAAGUAUACGAUAUCAUCGCGGCGUGACCAUUUACAACAGAAAUGGAAAAGCAGUCAAAGAAAUCUAGUGCCGAUCAGAAGAUACUGAUUAUUGCGGUUAUUUUUCUCUUGGUUGUGAUCGGCAUAGUCGUAGCUAUACUUGCGCUACUGAUGCAAGGAGAUGACUCCAUUGAUCCAAGAUUUUUUGAAAAAAUGUCAUGUGAACUUGAAAAUCCUUCAGCUAUAGAAGCAAAUGCCUGCUUGAGGUCAAAUUGUACGUUCGUUUCAUCAGUUUGUGAUACUUCCUGUCCAUUCGACUUUGAAAGUGAUCCUGUAACUGGAUGUCAAAUUAGUUGCGAAUGUGCACCUGCCGGACUUUUCCAAGGGGAUGUGAGGUUCCUUCCUUCGCAGGUCAAAUCCAUGUCCGAAAGGUACGGAUAUGUUGAUGAGGACGAUUUUGAUCUGUUUUAUGGAUCGGCUGAAUCUACCACUGUAUUAUGGAAAGACCAUGAAGUAAAUGGAAGAUAUCAGAUAGGAUAUGUUUUUGAUCCUGCCGUUUCACUGGAAAAACGUAAGGUUGCUGUCAUAGAAAAAGUUAUCAAAAGAAUCUCAGAAACUACAUGUAUUGAUUUUGUACCAAAAACAAAUGAAAAACAUUACAUUACAUUCAACUCUGAUCUUGGAUGCUCAUCAUUGGUUGGUAGCCUCGAGUAUUAUGAGUCCCCGCAGAUUGUUUCGCUUGCUUGGGGAUGUGAUCUAUCGAGAACUGUUCAUCAUGAGCUCAAGCAUUUGCUUGGAUUCGAGCAUGAACAUACAAGAGCUGAUAGAGAUGCAUAUGUUACGGUGAGAAUGGAUAACGUAAAAGAAGGUAAGGAAAUGAACUUUAUCAAAUUAAAGAAAGAUACAACCAUAAAAAUUGGAGUACCUUAUGAUAUUGGGUCAGUGAUGCAAUACUUCAGUACAUUUUUCAUGAAAGCAAAAAAUGCUUAUACCGUGGUUGAAUAUGGAACAGAAAAAGUACUCAAGUUUACAGAAGAUCAUGAUUUCACUGAAUAUGAUGCAUUUGAAGUUAACAAACUUUAUGACUGCCUCGAUCCAGUUACAACCGCGACAUGGACCGAAUGGAGCGAGUGGUCACACUGUGAUGCAACUUGUGGAAAAGGAGAAAAAUACAAAUAUAGAAGAUGCGAAAAUGCUGAAGGAAAACAUGGCAUUGGAUGCCCUGGAGAACCAAGUAUAACUGAACCUUGUGAAUCUGCGGCAGCUUGUCCACCCAGGGGUGUCUGGGAAGAAUGGGGAGAGUGGGGUGAAUGUAUCAACAAAUAUGGAGGACAAUAUCGAUUUAAGGAACGUAAAUGUACUGUAUUUGGAGAAUGUGAUGCUAGUAAGGGAAGUAUGGUGGAGGAUUGUGUUAUCGAAAUUGAGACUUCUACAACUUGGGGAGCUUGGAGUACAUGCUCUGCCACUUGUAAUGGAAAAAGAGUGAGACAGAAACUGUGUGAUGGUCAAAUAUGUCCUAAUCAAAUACCAUACUAUGGCCUUUGCAAUACUGAUUGUGCAGUAACAGCUCCUGUUGAACAAAUAACAUGGACUCAAUGGACACAAUGUUCUGCCUCCUGUGAUGGUACACGAUCCAGGCAAAGAUUGUGUGAAAAUAAUUAUUGUGAGGGUUCGUCUCCUGUGAAAGAAGAAUGCAAUGUAGGAAGAUGUGGAGAUCAAGAUUGGUUUUGGAGUGUUUGGCUUGAUUGCACCGCCACCUGUGACGGAACUCAGACUAGGUUUAAAGUGUGCGGACAGUCGCUUUGCCUGGGCGAAAACUCAGUAAAAAGAGAAUGCAAUACUGGUUCAUGCACAGUGAGUGAAAGUUUUUCACAUUCAUCAACAUUGUACAUGACAACGACAACAACACCUGGAUUAUAUUCAUCAACAUUGUACACGACAACAACAACAACACCUGAAUCAUAUUCAUCAGCAUUAUACACAACAACGACAACAACAACCACGCCUGAAAAUGCAGGAGAUUGGGGACUUUGGUCAAGUUGUUCAGCUACUUGUGAUGGCACGAGAGUCAGGCAAAGAUCAUGUAGGACAUUCUGUUAUAAUCCUGAGUCAGAAACAGAGAAUUGUAAUGUUGGAUUGUGUAGCACAAACAGAGGGACAGAUGGAAUGGAUGAGAAUACCAGCUUGUUUGAUGUAAAAGAAGACAGUGUACCAGAUUUAUGUGGUGGGGCAGGUAGUCAGUGGUAUUUUGGAGAUUUUAAUGGAGAUAGAAGAACUGACGCAGCUUGUAUUGAAUUGGACGGAAAUGUUGCAAUUGGACAUACAACAACUUCUGGUUCAGUGACAGAACUACAUUGGAAAGGUAAAAUUUCACCUUGUGCAAGUGCAGAUAUUUACUUUGGAGACGUUAAUGGGGAUAGAAGAGAUGAUUUUGUUUGUAAAGACAGUGCCAGAAGAAAACUAAUAAUCAGAUACACAACAGAAGCAGGCGUGUUUGGAGACAUAGAGGUUGAUGGCGGAAGCUUCUGCACUGAUCCUUCAGAAAAACUAUUUGCAUUGGACAUAGAUGGAACAAAAACAAUGGACUUACUCUGCCAUUUUGCAGAUAAUCAUAUAGAAUUAAGGCUUAAUUCAAACUUCCAGCCUUUCUAGAUUAUUCUGUCUUGGAAAGCUGUUUUGAAUAAAAAGCCAUCAAGAAAUAAUGAUCUGGGAUUAAGAAGUAACAAUACCACAUUAAAAUUUCAAUUUGUCGAUAUUCAUAUACAUAUAUAUAAUACAAAUAUAUAAAAAAAAAAAA